AUGACAGUUUUACCUCAGAAUCCUCUAGAAUAUCGGGUUAAAGGUAAAAUUCGAUUACCUUACGCAAAUGUAGUCGAACCUUUUGAAGCAUGGUAUUCUGCUACCUUGGGCAAGAGUCUAAUUAGCUAUUUUUCUGGGAUGGAUACUAUUUUCAAUUUUUAUCAACCUCAAAGUCAUGGAGUAAUUUGGGAAAUCUGUCCUAUACCUCGAUCUGAUGGCAUUAUCAAACAAACUUGUCUUGGACGUCGAGGAACGCGAUUAAAACCGAUUCGAGCUCAGCCAUUUAUUCCUAAUUUUCAACAAUUUCAUCUAGAGAAACAAAACAUAUAUUAUCGUCAUACCUUUUGUGAUAAAUGGACAUGGAAUAAAACGAUAUUGCAUAAAAUUAAUCGCUACACCUUCUAUACUAAACAUGCAACUUCUAUUCCGAUUCAAUUGAUCAUGUUUGGCUAUAAUAACUUAUUUCAUAAUCAUUACGAUCAUUAUAUCAUCGAUUAUGAAGAAUACGAAGGUUAUCAACCGCAUCAACUUCGUGAUGAAAAGAUAUUUCAAUUGCCCAAUAAUAUACCAUGUCGACUACUAUCUAGUAAAAGACUUUAUGAUCAUCAUUACCAACAGCAAAGACUAAUUAAUUCCAUGCAAUCGCUUAUCCCAGCUGAACAAACCAUUGAUGAUCCAGUUGAUUCUUUAUUUCAUCAAUUUACCCAUCAGUAUAAUAAAACCUAUCGAUAUAGAGAUCAUCAUCAACACGCCAAAAGACAAAAUUAUUUUCGCCAACAUUUACGUUUUAUUCAAUCAACAAAUAGGAAAGGGUUAAAGUAUCAACUAAAAUUAAAUCACUUUGCUGAUAGAUCGGAUAAAGAACUUUGGAAUUUUACACAACGUCAUUUUAAAUUAAAUUACGGCAAAUUAGAACAUGAUGUUAAGAAUUUUAUUACUCGAUAUAAACUGCCUUUCGCAUUAGAUUUAAAUCAAAGUAUAGCAGAUCAUUUGGAUUGGAGAGAUAGAGGCGCUAUAUCGAAGAUAAGAGACCAAGGCAUGUGUAGUUCUUGUUGGGCGCUAUCAACUACUCAAGCAAUCGAAAGUGCUUUAUAUAUCCAAACUGGUGAGAAAGUAGAACUAUCAUCUCAAAGUUUAGUAGAUUGUAGUUGGCCAUUUGGUAAUCAAGGCUGUUCUGGUGGAUUUAUUAGUCAUACUUUAGCCUGGAUUAUUAAGCAAAGAGGUAUUCCAACCAAAUCCAGUUAUGGACAAUACCUAGGUCGAAAUGGUUACUGUCAUCAUCAUGAUCUAACUACAGGGGCUAAAUUGAAAGGUUAUUCUCAAAUUCCUCAAGGGAAUAUGAAAGCAUUAAAAGUGGCCUUAGCUAAAGUUGGACCUGUUACUGUAAGUAUCAAUACAAGCCCGAAAAGUUUCUUAUUCUACUCAUCUGGAGUAUUUUAUAAUGAUCAAUGCCUUGGAGAUUAUGCACACCUUGAUCAUAAUGUUCUAGCAAUUGGUUAUGGCCGACAACAUGAUCAAGAUUACAUUUUAAUUAAGAAUUCAUGGUCUGCCUAUUGGGGGGAUCAUGGUUAUAUUAAAAUAUCAACAAGAAAUAAUAACUGUGGGCUAGCAACAAAUGCUUAUUAUCCAAUAUUGGCAUUAAACAACUGA